AUGCAGUUACCAUCAACAUUUGCAGGUAUAGAUACAUCUGAAUCUAUCAUCACAACACACAAACUUGAUAUCGAUUAUUUAAAAGUAAAUGUUGAAAAACUUAAUAAAGUACUUAAAGCUGCUCAAGAAGAACGUCCAUCACAAACAUCCUAUUGCCUCCUACCUUCCAUAGAAAUGGUUAUAUCCCAAGUAGAAUCGAUCACGCUUACUGUUGUCACUCAAACACUCUCACAAUCAUCCAUUUCAACUGAUAAACAAAAUGACCCAAGACAAAUGGAACAAAUUCGCAUCUAUACGGAUUCCUUAUUAUAUAAUAGCUCUAUUAAAGAUAUUGAUUCCAGUUAUCUUCUAUGUAAAAGCAAUAUCAAUUUCUAUUGGAAUAUCCUACAGAAUAUUAUUAUUACAGCAGGUAAUACAAUAAUACCUAGUAAACAAUUAAGUGCUCAUAAACAAAAAGAGGAAGUAAAUAAUUUAAGUACAAAACGUGGUGGUGGGGAUAGUAGUUUGAAUAUUGGCGACCUUGAUAAUCCAUUUAAUGAAAUUACAGGGCGAAAUAAACAAAAGAGAAAAAACGAAUCUGAAUUUAAUCAAGAAAAACCACAAAAAGCUUAUAGAUCUGAAGUUCGAAAAAUCAAGAAUUUGCUAGAUGAUUUAAU